CUCCCGCGGUCGUCACCGGCUGGCGGCGCCGCAGCAGCAGCGCGGCUCACCGCCUCCCAUACAACCCCACGCCCCUGCCCCCACCAACCAGCCCUAGCGACUCGCGGUGCCCCGACCUGACCUUGCCGGCCUCGACCUCAGGGGCUCGGCCGCCUGAGACGCCAACUCGCUCGCUCGACCGGCCGUCCCUUCAGUCCUUCACCCUUGUGCUCACUGCUCUACAGAACUACCCAAGGUUCAAAUCCUGGGUCUGCCACUCCCAGACGUGCCGCCGUCCAGUGCUUCCCAUCGCCGCAGCCAUGCUCAGGCAUCUCCGGCGACCCCUCCGCGCUUUUCACCGCCUAUCCACCACCGGACACGCAGCCUGCGAUCCCAUCCCUCUCCACUGGUUCUGGAGUUCGCAUAUAGUGCCCAUAUCUGGUUGGUAUAACAAGCAUGCUACUAGAGAAUUCUCUACUUCCGAAAAAGUUACCAGAGGUCGAGUAUAUCAGCCUGAGGAGUUAGAACCAACUACACCUGCAAAGGAUACUGAUAUAAUAAUUGAUCGCAUAAAAAAGAGCACAAGGGAAUUGGAACGAGGGCCUAUUGGAAAAAAUUUGUCUUCGGCGGAGAAAAGAGAAUAUCUUGUCAAUACUCUCCUUGGCCUUGAAGAUUCAAGAGAAGUUGUUUAUGGCACCCUUGAUGCUUGGGUUGCCUUUGAGCAGGAUUUCCCUCUGGCUCCACUAAGGCAAGCACUUCUAGCUCUUGAAAAGGAGGAACAAUGGCAUAGAAUUGUCCAGGUGAUAAAAUGGAUGCUAAGCAAAGGGCAAGGAAACACAAUGGGAACAUAUGAGCAAUUAGUGCGUGCACUUGAGAAGGAUAAUAGAGCUGAGGAAGCACAUGGAUUCUGGCAGAAGAAAAUAUCCCAUGACUUGCAUUCAGUUCCUUGGCGUUUCUGUCAUCUAAUGUUGGCAAUCUAUUACAGAAAUAAUAGGAUAGAUAGGCUCGUGAAGCUCUUCAAAGAACUAGAAGCAUGUGGUCGUAAACCUCCACGCAAAGAUAUUAUACGGAAAGUUGAAGAUGCAUAUGAAAUGCUUGGACUAAUAGAAGAAAAGAAAAUGUUGCUUGAAAAAUACAAAGAUUUAUACAACAAGCCAUCUCGGGGUGAUCGAAAGAAAGGCUCCAAAUCCAAAAGGACUGAGAUGAAUAAGACAGGCGUGGAUGGCGGCAAGAUGGAAACAUCUGGAAAUCUUCAAGUUGAUGAGGAAACUGCUGCCACCAUUAAGUCAUGACAAGAGACUCAUUACUGAUCGAUUGACCAGGCUAUAAGACGAGACAAAAACUGGAUGCUGCCAGCAUUAACUAUCUCAAAUGCUCUCAGUUCAUGUCUAGCUGAUGCAGACAGUAGCGUGCCCCCUAAUUUGUGGGACAAGCCACCACUUUUUUUUUCCUGAUGCUGUCCGUAGUUUGCAGUAUUCUGAAUUUUAUUUUGGUAAACCUGCUUGGGCGAAACAGACCAUCCCGGCUGGCAUCAAUGGUUACUAUUGGUGUUGUCUAUCCAUGGACCCAUGGUACAAAGGGCGGGCAUUUGUAUUUGUUGAGAAACUGAAAAUUUUGGUUUGUUACUAAAUGAUGAGUAUAGGCGCAUCCCGUUCUUUUUGGCACCA